AUGUCGUAUAGCACGGGAAUCGUUGACGGCGGAAAAUCUUUACACAUCUUCGUCGCAGGCCUCGGCAAUGCACCAAUGCCCAAUACACGACACAGCAUUGGUCAAUACAUAGUCAGCUCGUUAGGCACCCACUUUGGAAUCGCUCUCAGAUCGACGCGCGGUGGCCACAUAGGCUCUGGGGUCGUCGACCUCCCCUCCGCGUCUGGCCCCGUCAAAAUCACCCUCUUCAAGUCGAAGCAACUGAUGAAUGCCUCGGGUCCAAGUAUUGUGCAGGCAUACAGGGCCGUCCUAUCUCAAACAGGUGGUGCUCCGAAAGGCUCCAGUAACUUUGUUGUACUGGGAGAUUCCAUCUCACAUACUGCUCUGAAGCUGAGUGCGAGGCUGGGUGGGUCGGCUCAAGGCCACAACGGUCUCAAGAGCAUCUCGAAUGCUCUUGGGAGAGCAAAAGACUUUUGGCAAUUCAGAGUCGGUGUCGGAAGAGGGGUGGACGAAGAUGGAGCGAGCAUUAUUGACAAAAACAUCGACGCCGCGGAAUGGGUAAUGGGACGACUGAGUGAAGCAGAGAAAGAGUAUUGGGGCGUUGGAGGAAAGGGACUGGACAGCGUGAUGGCAGAGCUGGGAAGAGUGGCACGUCAAUUGGAAAGCUAG